CAUGAAAGUGUCAUGUAACAACCUCUGCAGAGGCUGCUGCUGUGGCUCUGCUCCAUGGAUCUAUUAAAAUAACUCUGCUCAUCUUUAUCACAGAUCAUGGUCAGAUCCUUUCAUCGAGCGAUAGGAGAUGGUGGAAUUAACGGCGAGAUAAACGCUUAUUUGGUAAACUAAAAGGCCAACCUAGUAUGCGGUCACACGAAUCUAUAGGUGUAAGAAACAGCUCACUUAGUAAAGCGUAUGGGAUAUUUGCAUCUUGGUGUCCCAUUGGUUUCAACUGCUUAACACUCAUAAGCUGACGGACAGAGUGAGUGAAAGAAAGUGAUUUAAACUUUUUGAGGACACCACCAUGGCCCCACAUCCAGUAGUACAGGCUGUCAUUGACCUAUCUUCAGGAGCCAUAGGGGGCGCUGCCUGUGUUUUUAGUGGUCAACCUUUGGACACUACAAAGGUCAAGAUGCAGACCUUUCCCACAAUGUACAGAGGCUUUGUCCACUGCAUCGUUUCCACCUACAGACAAGUGGGUGUGCGUGGCCUGUACCAGGGCACAACUCCAGCCCUUAUGGCCAACAUAGCUGAGAACUCUGUGCUCUUUAUGAGCUAUGGCUUCUGCCAGGAGGUCAUCCGCUUUGCUGCUGGACUUCACAGUGACACUGUCUUAAGUGACAUGCAGAAGGCCUGUGCGGGCUCUGUGGCCUCCAUUUUCUCCUCCCUGGUGCUCUGUCCUACUGAACUUGUCAAGUGUCGCCUGCAAGCUAUGUAUGAGAUGGAGGCCUCAGGGAAGAUUGCCAGUAGCCAGAAUACAGUAUGGUCUGUAGUGAAGACAAUAAUGAGGACUGAGGGGUUUGUGGGCUUCUUCAAUGGUCUAACCACAACCAUUGCCAGAGAGGUGCCUGGAUACUUCUGCUUUUUUGGAGCCUAUGAACUUUGCCGUACAGCCUUUGCUGAGCACAUGAAAUGUGACAAAGAUAACAUAGGGGCGCUGCCAGUCAUCUUCAGUGGUGGCUUCGGGGGUGGCUGCCUGUGGCUGGUGGUCUAUCCAAUGGACUGUGUCAAGUCCAGGAUUCAGGUCAUGUCCAUGACAGGCAAACAAGGUGGCUUCUUCAAGACAUUAAUGACCAUUGCACGCACAGAAGGAGUAAGAGCACUUUACUCUGGACUCACUCCCACUAUGAUCCGAACCUUUCCUGCCAAUGGAGCCCUAUUUUUGGGAUAUGAAGCCAGCCGGAAAUUCAUGAUGAAACAGUUUGAUAGCUAAAUUUGUAUUAAUAUUUAGGAUUUUACAUGAUAAUGGGUUUUGAGACUUUUUUAUUUAAUCUUAAAAUAACCAGCCACACUAUAACUUUUUUGUAACUUUUAAAGGUUGUGUUUUUAAAAAAAAAGUUAUUUUAGAUUUUAACAUUGUUAUUAGCAUAUAUAAGAAAAUGUUAUUUAAUGCUAACCUUCUUAAAUUACCAUAUGAAGUCUUGUCUUGGUCAUGCAAGUAAUGUAAACACUCCAAUUGUCUUAUGACUCCCCAACAAAGUUAUAUUUACACAAAUGGAUUUUCUUCUUGACCUAUGCUGGUGUGGUGCUUACUUAAAUGCAGCUGUGGUGCUCUAGAAUACAUACCAGUCAUUUAAGUUUUUUGUAAUUCUGUGGCCUGUAAAGCGCAUAUUGAGUCACUUGCAAUAUUAAUUAUGGAUGAAUUGACUGAAUAUGUACAGAAAAGCUGCUACUAUGUGUCUUACAUGUAAGCUCAUAAAUAUUAUCUGAUCUGAAACCACUCCUAAGUUUUAUGGCCCAAGUAAAGAGAAAAAGCUGCAUUUCUGACUUACCUGUAAAUUUUUUAUUGGAAUCCAAUUUCUGACUUUUAAAUCACAUGAUGUCUCUGUGAAUGUACUGUACUUAUUUUACUGCAGCCCCAUUAACUAUAGUGCAAGUUAUGUGUGCAAGAUAACUAAUAUUUCAACAAAAAUACUUUAUUUCAUACUAAACUUUGUUAAAAAAUAUGAAUACAGUCAAAAUGCUAUUCUACAAUUAAAACAAAUGUAUAUAAACAGUUGA